AUGUCAGCACAAGUAGCAGGGCCACAGCCAGCAGGCGUGGAUGUAAACAGCAGUUCAUUCAAGGAUAAGGGCAAACCAAUGGAAGUCCGUUUGUCUAACAUGACAGCAGCAAAGACGAUUUCAUCUGUUGUCAGGUCUUCCCUUGGUCCUAGAGGUCUUGAUAAGAUGAUUCAAACUUCAAGCGGAGAAGUUAUCGUCACGAAUGACGGUGCAACAAUUCUGAACCACAUGGCGGUUCUCCACCCAGCAGCACGAAUGCUCGUUGAAUUAUCAAAAGCUCAAGAUGUAGAGGCUGGUGACGGUACAACAUCAGUCGUCGUACUCGCUGGUAGCUUAUUAGGUGCAGCUGAGAAAAUGUUAAACAAAGGUAUUCACCCUACAAUUAUUGCAGAAUCUUUCCAAGCAGCUGCCGCAAAAGCUGUUCAAGUACUUGAAGAAAUAUCUAUCCCAGUUCAACUCGACGAUAGAGACGCUUUAUUACGUGCAGCUACAACAUCACUCAACUCAAAGAUCGUUUCACAAUACUCUAACGUUUUAGCACCAAUUGCUGUUGACGCUGUUAAAAAACUCGCAAAUGAGGAAUCAACAAAUGUAGACCUUCGUAACAUCCGCACAGUUAAGAAAGUUGGUGGUACUAUUGAUGAUACAGAAUUAGUUGACGGUUUGGCACUCGAACAACCUGUUGUUACCUCAGCUGGAGGUCCUACAAGAAUCGAAAAGGCAAAGAUUGGUUUGAUUCAAUUCCAAUUGUCAUCACCAAAGCCAGACAUGGACAACAAGAUUGUCGUUAACGAUUACCGUCAAAUGGACAAGAUCCUCAAAGAGGAGCGUCAAUAUUUAUUAAAUAUGUGCAAAAAGAUUAAAAAAUCUGGAUGUAACGUCCUUCUCGUUCAAAAGUCAAUCUUAAGAGAUGCAGUUAAUGAUUUAUCAUUACAUUUCCUUUCAAAAUUAAAGAUUAUGGUUGUUAAAGACAUAGAAAGGGAUGAGAUUGACUUCAUUUCAAAAUCAACUGGAUGUAAACCAAUUGCUGAUAUUGAACAUUUCACUGAAGAUAAGUUAGGACAAGCUGAAUUAAUUGAUGAAGUUCACAAGAAUGGUGCUAAAUUCGUUAAAGUUUCUGGUUUAAAGAACCCAGGAAAGACAGUUUCAAUAUUAUGUACAGGUGCAAACAACUUAGUUUUGGAAGAAUCACAACGUUCUUUACAUGACGCACUUUGUGUUGUUAGAUGUCUCGUUAAGAAGAGAUUCUUGAUAGCUGGUGGUGGUGCACCUGAAAUACACAUAAGUAGAAAGCUUAGUGAAAUCGCCCAAGGUUUGAAGGGUAUGGAAAGUUACUGCUUUAGUGCUUUCAGUGAAGCAUUAGAAGUUAUACCAACAACUUUAGCUGAGAACGCCGGUCUUAACCCAAUUGCAAUUGUUACUGAAUUGAGAAACCGUCACGCAAAAGGUGAAGUUACAACUGGCAUUAAUGUUAGGAAAGGUCUCGUUAGUGAUAUCAAGCAAGAAAAUGUUUUGCAACCACUUAUCGUUACUACCAACGCACUUGAGCAAGCAACUGAAACUGUUUCACUCUUGUUGCGUAUUGAUGAUUACAGCAUUAGUCGUUAA